AUGCCGCCACGCGCAGAUGCUCCUCCUGGACCCUGUCGGCCCCUCACUGGCCCACUUCCAUCGAGCUGCAUCCGCCCUUCCUCCCUUGGAGCCGUUGUAAACCGUGUCCGCCGGCCAUUGGAAGCGCUGCUCUCGCCUAGCUCCGUCGCCUCUUGCCAUGGACGAGCCAACGAGACACGUCAGUCAGACGCCAAGGACUCCGGGUCCCUGCCUGCAGACGCACGCAAGAGAGCCUCCCUGUCACACUUUCCGGAUCGAAGCCACUCGUUGCCAAGGUUCCCAUUUUGUGAAUCGCAGCAGGAGAUGGCACAGGAGGAUGAUGACUGGAAGGCCAGCCCCGCACCGAUCGGAUCCCCGCAGCCAUCGCGCAGCAUCCCGCCUCAAUCCGCCCCCUGGUCCACCUGGCACCACCAAAAGCAGCUCAUCAGUGCCGCCCGCAAUCACUUCCUUCGAUCCGCGUUCCCGCUCACUUGCAUCAAGAACCCCUUGCGCUCUCUCUUUGUUGCACCACACCCCUGCAGCGCCCUGUCCCGCUUCCAAGUCGUCCGUUUCCUGGCACCCGUCAGCUGUAGCCACGGAUCCAGUUCAGCUCAGCUUGCAUUACUCUCGCUUCGCUUUCUCUUUGCCAUCCUCGCAGCGGGAAGCAGCGACAAGUCGGCAACCGCCCACAAUCACCAUCGUACUUUUCCGUUCCUUAAAGACUCGUUGCUAGACAACGUCUGCCCGCCAUAUCUGUACCCCUCCUUCCAGAUUCCUCCGCCUUCAGCCUCGCCUCAACUCCUCUGUCCAUCCAGCGACGCUAUUCGACGCGCCACCCACAGUCUUUUCCGCCGAUUCCGCCCCGCUUCCCCAUUUUACAGCCCUCGUUCUGCUUCUCGGGUCCAAACAGACUCUGACUUCGUCGUAUCUGCUCUGUACCAGCUAGGACUCGACUUCCUUUCAAUCCCGAGGGCCAUAGCUCACAUGUUCACUGCCCAAACGAGCUCUCCCUCAGGAGACACGCAGAACCUCUUCCCUUCGCCAGCCCACUCUGAAUCGACUCUGUCGUCUUCUUCGCACCUAUACACUCCGGACAACGGUAUGGCCCACAAGGCACACGACGUCAACGACCGUCUCCAGCUUCACAACGCUUCCAUCAGCGCGGCAAACGCUGCCUUCGUCUCUGCUACUAAGCGCGAAGACGCACGCGCAGGUGUCGACGCAAGCGAGAGCGCCAGCCUGGUAUUCGCUCACAACGCACCCGGUCUCAUUGACGCUGAUAUGAGCGGCGACGCCCAGUCCCUCGCCGCAGCGCUCGACUUCGAUAGCAUGAACGCCGACAUCCAACAAACGCUGGAAAACGGCGACUACUCGUUCUUGGGCAAGCGCCCCAACACGUCCCAACCGGCGGGUGGCUUCGGCUCGAUGCUCCACGUGCGCGCCGAAUCCAACUCCGGCCGUCGUCACAGCAUCCAGACGCUCAUGCCCUCCAGCGACUCCAGCUCGUCCCUAACGGGUUUCGGUCCCAUGGCGGGCGCCGUCUCUGGUGCGAGGAGUAUGAGCAUCUCGGUGGACGCUUAUGGAUCUAUGGCCUACACUGAUGCUGCUAAUCACGGCAUGGAUAUGGCUUUCAACGCAGAGGCACACAAUACAUCGGGAGCUGGCUUCCUCAUGUCUCCGCCCCGCUUGACCGUAAGCAUGUCCAACAACGCUGAUCAUGCCUCGGCAGCGGCCGCCGCAACCUUCAACGAGGAUGCAAAGCGUCGCCGUACCUCCGAGGUCGAUGCGACACCCGAACGUCGCGUCGAGCAGCUUGCCAACGAGCACCGCUUCUUGCCUCAGCAGACCCCACCAAACAUGUACGCCUACCAGCAGCACCCGCAGUUCUCGUUAGGGUCCAGUGUUGGAGGUGGAUUCGAGACGCCGUCGUCGGUGCAGUCGAGCGCCUCGCCGUGCCGCGUGCGACGUCUUUCGCUCACCGCCAUGGACCGUGCCGCCCAUAUCGCCAACCUUACCGCCAACCUUACGCUCCCCUCCUCCUUCGGCGGAGAGCAGCCACCCAAGAGCGCACCACCACGUGCCGCUUCCGACGCCAUGCAACGCGCCCACCGCAAAGCCACCGACGACAAGGCGGCCAAGGCUGGCGCCAACGCCGCAGGCAACUCGGGCAGCGCGACACCCAACGGCAAGAACCAGGACGUUUGGCCCGAUGAUGUCGAAGUGGCUUUCUGGGAAGCUCUCCGUCUAAUUCCCAAGCUCGGUCGCCGAAAGGUGCUGGUGCAUGGCAAGCCGUGCGGUCGUAACGAGCUCAUCGCCGACUACAUCGAGCGCAAGACCAACAAGGUGCGCACGCGCAAGCAGGUCUCGAGUCACAUCCAGGUGCUCAAGAACAUUCGCAAGGGUGAUCCCGAAUUCCAGCAGCUCAUCGCCGAGCCCACCACCGAGGAGGACUUUUACAUCCCUGCCGGUGGCAUGAUGUAUGCACAGACGCUUGCAGGCUACGGCUACGGUGGUCUUGGCAGUGCCUAUCCGCUCAUGUCCAUGGACAACGCCGGUGGCCUGCUCUCCCCAUAUACCCCAGGCCUCACUGGUGGCCAAGGCCUUGCCAGCCCUCUCUCGCCCGGUGCGCCACCCAUGUCGGCGACGCACUCCAUCACCUCGGGCUUGAACAACCUUCACUUCCCGCAGCAGACUGGAGUCAAGGACACGAGCGGCAACACGCCGUGCCCGAUCCUGCCCGCGAGCUUCUCCAUGUGGGUGCACUGCUCGUCUGGCGACGAGAAGCACGUCUACACCAACCUCGACAGGAACUCGAUGACAACCUACGCCAACAACCAGACGUCAUUGCCCCAGAUGACGCUCGACUCGGUGCGCGUGGGUCAUUUCCGUUUCCCUCGUCUCGCAGAGAUGUACCACCGCAUGCCGUGCCAGUUCCUCCACGUGCAUGUGCCGCUCUCGGUGCCGCGUCACGACGUCAUGAUGCCGCGCUACGACCACUUCAGCACCCAGCUCUCGCUGACGUCGGCGCAAGACUUGCGACUCACCUCGGUCACUACUGUGUACUCGCACGGCAAGCGCGUUCUGUCGCUCGUCGAGCCCCUCGACGCUCCGCGCAAGAUUUCGGGCAGGAAUGGCGUCGAGGUUGCCGCCACCAGCACGGUGGGUGCCGGCGCUGCAGCCAACGACGAGGCUGCCAAGGCGUCGAGCGAGGCAGCAACCAACGAGGCGGGUUCGUUCGAGGAGGCCAUGACCUCGACCCCGACCAAGGGCAAGAGCAACCAGCGACGCGAGAGCGACGGCAGCAUUGACUCGCUCAGUCCCAUCUCGGGCACGUCGAGUGGUCCCGCUUCGCCACGCACGCCUCUGGAUGCCAACAACCAGUCCAACAGCAACCUUCGCCACCGCUGGUGCCAUCAGGCUCCGUUCGCCACGGACUUCUGGGCCGACUUCCUGAGCCGCAACCACCCCGUCAACGUCUACAGCGGUCGCGACGGACUGCAGUCGUUCGGCAAGGAGCCGAGCGAGCGAGCUGCUCUCGGCAUGGCUGUGUCGGGCGUCACCAUCAUCCAGGAGCUGGUGGUGGCGAGCGAGGACAAGAGCUCGGCUGCUGCCGCUGCCGCCAACCGCGACGCUGCACUGCUCAACGACGCUAGCUCGAGUCUGAGCCCUGGUAGCAAGGUUGGCGAUGUUGUGUUGGUGAUCGCAUGGGACCUCGAGUGCGUCGAGUCGCUCGGCACCACUCCGGGUACGCCCACCGUCUCGCUCUUGACGGUCGGCUCCGGUGCUUCGCCGAUGGGUCGAACGGCUCCGCUGGUGGCCUCGCCUCUGAACCAGCCAGGCGCCCAACUGCACAUGGCGCCGCACGGUCUGUCUCCCAUGACGGCGGCAUUCCCCAACGGCCAUCCGCUGGCGCACCAGCCGCAGCCUCAGCUCAACAUGCUCAACGGCGGAGCUGCACCGCGUGGCUAUGCGCAUGCCCACCCGCCCCCGUCGCUGAUCCAGACGCAGCCCUCGCCGCAGCCUAGCUUCGGCUUCAAGGCCGAAGCGGGCCAGGGUGGCUCCGAGACGAACCUGCAGGCGCCUACGCUGCUGCGCAAGCGCGGACUGUCGAUGACCAAGCCCAACCUCAUGGUGUCGAUUCCGCCAGCGCCGGCGUACCUAAACCCGCAGAGGAGUGCGAGUGGAGCGAUGCUCAGCCCGCACCCUCAGCUGUCGCCUGCCGCGAGCCCGACGCCGGCGGCGUGGGGGAUGAUCCAGCAGAGGGCGGUGCACACGCCCAUCACGCCGUACCCGCAGAUGGGCGCGUCGCUGUGCGAGCCGCCGCCGCUCAACACGGGCGACGACGCACGCAUGCAGAAGGAGCGCCUCGAGAGGCACUGGGCCAGCCAGGCAAACCCUCUCGGUGGCGCGCUGCACUCGCCGCUCGACAUGAGCUUCAACCCAUCGGACGUCAACGUAUCCACGGCCAGCACCGGCAUGGCCGUAGCGACGGCUGCGGGGCACACCGACUCGGCGCUCGGGCUCAUGGUGCCUGGCAGCAUGGGCAACAACGGCCUGGCGCUGCUCUCGCCCGCCGGCUUCGACACGAUGGGCAAGAUGGGUGGCCACAUGUCCGGCCUGGACUCGAGCAACAACAGCUUCGAGCAGAUGCUCAACGACGGCGACCUGAGCAACGACGCCAGCACGCAGGAAUACCUCAACGGCCUGCUUGCCUCGAUCGGCGUCGAAGGCCAGGAUUUUAGCGCCUGA